AAAAAUGUCCGUCAGUAUCGUGGUGGAGUAUUGCGAGCCCUGCGGGUUCAAGUCUCACUAUGAAGAGUUGGCAAGCGCCGUGCUUGAAGAAUUUCCAGACGUCACCAUUGACUCCCGCCCUGGGGGCACAGGUGCCUUUGAGAUUGAGAUAAACGGACAGCUGGUUUUCUCCAAGCUGGAACUGGGGGGGUUUCCCUAUGCGAAAGAUCUCAUUGAGGCCAUCCGAAAAGCCAGCAAUGGGGAGCCAGUGGAGAAGAUCACCAAUAGUCAGGCCCCGUGUGUUAUUUUAUAACUCUCCAGGUGCCACCUUUCUACCAUGACUGCUGUAAUGAAUUGAAUGACUUAGCGCUGCCUUUAUAACAGUAGCAUUGGUUCCUUUAGGUCUUGACCAUUGUGUCCUCACCUGUAAGUGAAACCUGUUGGUAUGUUCCAGCCAUUAAUAGCCAUAAGGAAACAAUUAUACUCUAACGCUGAAAGCAAAAAAUGGGAACACACUGGAAAAGCCACAAUGGUGCUUAGGAUUGACAGUAACUACCAUUUCUCAACUGCCUGUCCCCUACAUACACAUCAUUCCCUCUUCUGUCAAAGGUUUGUGUCACAGCCAUACAUAUUGUCCAUAUAUCCAUAUGCCUAAAGCAGCUUGGAAUUAACCCAUGUCCAUAGUAGGCCAGGAUUAUGUACUUAAUUAUGUAAUUAAUUGCUUAAAUGCAGAUGAGCUAAAGGGAAUUUUGGCUCACUUUUCUAUUUAUUGGGGCAUACGUAAUCCUUGUGCUUUUUCCAGAGUGGGGGAAUUUACACCAGAUAUAGAUUACUAUUAAAGGGGAAGUCCACCCAAACACAAGCAACUUUGCAAUAUAAUAUCAAUUAAAAAAUAUGCAGCCUUUUCAUGAUUAAUAAUAUGGUUUGGAACAGUUGCCUAAGCCCGGCCCUCUAUUCUCCUGCUGAUCUGGCUGACUACUUUGAGACUCUUCCAGCACAAAUUAGAAUUUGGCUUCAUUGUUUGCCUCAAUACCCAAAGCCCUGGCAGCAAUCGGGGUACAACUCGAAGACCAAUUACUGUGGUUUAGUAUGUAUGGGACAGGGGGCCUAAUGAAGGAAGUGGGUAGCUAUUAGCAGCCCAGAAUUCAGUAUUUGUCUCCAAGUUAUGUGUGUUAGGUCUAAUAUUACAUCCAGAUAUAAACACUAAUACUGUGUGGCUAAUAUUGACUCACUUCUCAUAUUGGCAUAAUGGAGCACUUCAGGCUUCAGGGUAACCUCUCCUGAUACUGACAGGCAAAGGAUUAUUACAUUUUACAAUAAUGACACCUGUAUUUAUUUAAAAAGUGUAAAUAAUGCAUUAAAAUGUUCAGUUCUAAAUA